CCCCGGGCAGCCGCGCUGCUCGCCUGCGGCCUGCUCGGCCUCGGCCGCGGGUCGCGCCUGAAGGCCCCCGCCGCCUCCGAGGACGUCGACGACUUUGGGCUCGACGAGAGCGUCUGGCUGGGCCUCGAGGAGACGAGAACGCCUCGGGGUUCGAGCCUCUGCUGGGCCAUGUGUCUCCAGGGCCAUCGGGCGCGGUGUCGGCGGCGAACGUGUCGGUGCUGUCUGGCUCGCUGGGCGGCGAGUCCGUGCUGCUGAUGGGCAUGUUCAACACGGGGACCAACCUGCUGGAGAAGCUUUUGAGUCUCAAUCCUCGGGCGGCGGAUUUCGGCAUCCACCAGAGUGGCGCCUACGGGGUCUGGAAGCACAUCAAGCCAGAGCAUCUUAGGCAGCGGCUGGUGGAGAAGGGCAUGUCUCAUGUCCUGACGACGAGUGGCACCGUGGGCAUCGCCAUGGUCCGCGAUCCUAUGUCGUGGAUCCAGUCGAUGAGGAAAGCCCCGUACGACCUGAAGGGCUGCAUGGCCACGUGGGAGUGGCCCACCUCGAGCUGCACCUUCCCCAGGCCCCGUGUGCAGGGAUCAACAAUCUGGGGCGCAAACACGAUCAGCCACGAGAGCGACUUCUCCGUGCAGAGCAUCGAGUGGGUGUGGAAUCAGUGGAACUCGGAGUACGACCAGCUGGCCUCCGUCGCGGGCUUCGCUCCUGGCAAGACCGUAGUCGUCACUUACGAGGAGAGCUUGUCCUGGACACAGUCGGAGCGCUGGGGAAGAUAG